AGCCUGGUUCAGACUCGGUGCUAGCUGUCGCUCACAGCAGCAGCUAGCUGAAACGGACCGACUCGGUUUAAUGACUGGACCCCGGGUGUGAUUGGACCAAACAGAAAAAAAUACACAAAACGAUGGUGACCAAGAAAGUCAGGACAGAGUAUAUGAAAAAGUUCAGAGAUCCCAAAUGGGAGACGUUUUCUAAAUGCUACGAGGACUCUCUGAAGUACCGUUUGACCCGUCGGUUGAUGGAGCAUUCUCACAGGCCCUGGGUCUGGGAAGGCUGGGACAGCGCUUCUGACUCCAGUGGAUGGUCCACACCCAGACUGGCAAGGAACAAAGUUGCUCCUCUGUCUCUGCCACCACCUACGUGCUCGGAGGUCCAGCAGGGGCUGCUGGAGUUGAAGACCAGCCCUGGACCAGAGCCGAAGUCUGAGGCCAGAGAAACUGAUUUGGGAACAGGAGAAGCUCCGGUUGUAGACGCUGCACCAACUACAGUUGUAGAAAACCAUGUAAAUGGAACCAGUGGACAAACUGCGGUACAAGCUCCGAACACUAGCGGGCCCCCGUGUGACACGACGACGGACAACGGGCCGGCUAGCUCCCCAUCUUCUGACGAAGAGCCGGUGAACCCUGCGCCGCGACGAUGUCACCGCCGUCGCACGCCUCGCUCCGAGCUGGGACGCAAAACCAGCGCCCCCAAAGACGAACGGACGGUGGUCCAGAAGCCUCCUAGAGCCAAGAGUCAACCACCAGUCAGCACCAAGGAGAACGGGAGACUGUCCAGCCGACCAGACUGGGCUGAGAGACAGAUGGAGAGCAACACGUCCGACGCCUGCGUUCAGACCAGAAGGGAUUCCGAUAAGCGGAAGUCCAACCCGGACCGCCGGCGGGCUCGAUCAGCUGACUUGGAGAAGAUGAGGCGUGCGCAGCUCACAGUAGUGGAUGACCGCUGGAUGACGGAGUACAUGCGCUGCUUCUCUGCCCGGCUCAGGUAGAGACCGGCUCCAGAAGGAUCGCUGAAGCACGUUCACUUGUCAGGAGGUGCAAACCGCCUCCAUGUGAGUGAGCGUCUCAACGUGGGGAAAGUGAAGAAGAUGGGCUGAGGUGCUAACAUGCUCAUUACAUUUAUCUUACAGAACUUUAUUCGCCUCAGUGGCUGUAACAACACCUUUAAUAAACUCUGGACUAACUGGCUCCAACAGACCUGAAUCACGUCUAUAAUAUGUGAUUCAGGCAUCACAUUCUAAUUAUUCACCAAGAAAUAUGGAAAGUUUCCAAGAGAUUCUAAAGUGAGUUCUCACCAGGAUCUCGUCCACACGGCACCAGAUGUUCAGUUUGUUCUGUAGCGUCGGGUCACAACAGAAGUCCUCUCAGGGCACUGAACAGAAACAUGAAUAUCUGAGGAUUCCUGACCUGCUGUCCACAUGGAAACGGAUUUUAGUGAAUACUAAAAUUCCAGUCACAUAUCAAAGUCAAAGUCCGGACCAUAACUUCUGAUCAGUUCAAGACGAUGUAUUGAAACGUUACACACAUUAGUACCACCACUAGGCUGCGUGCUGUGUGAUCUUUUCACCCCCCAGCUCUAAAGUUAAGUACAAAGGUUGUACAAGGUCUUUGCUUGUCCCGGCCGUCACUAUAGAUUGCUGUUUAAUAGUCGACGAGCGUUUCACAUGAUGCACUCUUGUUUUUUAUCAUUUUCUUUCAAAGGCAGCGUAAAGGACCAAACAGGAAUAUUUUUCAUAUCUAGCCUAGUUUUUAGAAAAUAAGACCUAUACUUUAGAAGAUGCUACGGUUGGAUGGUUUACAAAGAUAAUGUAUAGAAUAAAGUAUUUAAUGUAUUU